CAUGAAUGUUUAAAGAUGGUGAUCAUGAUUCACAAGACUCAGCCUCAGCCUAUACAAUCAAACUCUCCCAGAAGGCCCAAUUGCCUGGAAGUACAUGAUGGUUAGUCUUGGAAAGAGCCAUGAAAUGGAGAAAAAGAAGCUAGCUACCUUGCAACAAUGGCUAAAAUCACAGCAGACACAUAGCCAGCCCACCCAACCGGCCUUAAGGGAUUGAGAAUCGGAGUAGGAAAGGCAAUGAAAUGGAAUCUCGAUCGUUUCUUUUAUCCUUUUAAAUGUUGAUAAAGCAGCUCUAAUUAUCCCAUAAGCUAAAAUAUUAAUUGAAAACCAACAAACCCCUUCAUAAUCCACAGCCAAAUCAGACGUGAAUUUGAGAAAAUAGAGGAACCAAAUCUAAUCAUUUCCAAAACCAAUAAACCGCGAUGAAAAACUUGAGGAGCUGAUGCACAAAAUAAUAAUAACAAUACUAAUCAAACAACACCUUAAAUUAUACCCCAAAAUUAAACCUGAGAAAUAAAAUGUUGAUUUAAAAAAUCUGCAACUAAAAGAAGAUUAGACGAUUACCUGGGCUCAGUGAAGCUCUGAGGCUUAUAAGAAGCAGAAUUGAAAUUAGAAAAUGAGAAGAACUAGGAGAGUGAACGGCACCACGGGACAGAGAAGGGUGGAGAACAGAAAAUUAUACACGCACCCAUUGAUAUAUUCAGUGCACCCAUAAAAUUCUAAAAAACCCAACUUUACAGUGGACUGAAAAACCGGCCAGCCAUGGCGUCACCACAAAUCGAAACCAGUUGGUCAAAACACUCUCUUCUUCUGCUCCUGUGUCUCUCUGAAUUGGGCUCCACAAAGUUGAAUUGCAGCUCUCUGAAUUUUCAUAUGGGACUACAAGCUUUUCUUUUGGGACUACAAGCUUUUCUUUCUUCUGUAGAAAAGGAGGGGACCGUGUGGUGUGGGCCACCUGGGAAAGUGAAAGAUAAACCGUGUGGGCCACCGGGGAAGAGCUUUUCCACCACACUGCGAUUUUCCAAGAAGCUCUCUCCUUUCCGUUAUUGCCUUUACACUAAUCCCAUAACACUAUAGCAUCUUCUUCUCAUUGUUUUCAGUUUGGGUGGGAUGGAAAUCAGAUAAUUAAAGAAAAAAAGCAGAGGAUCCGUCUGGGAAAGUUCCUUUCUUUUUCUAUGUAAAUUCCUCAGUUUUCUCAGUAACCAAACAGAGGUGUUUAUGUCUCAAAGAAAAGCACUGGCUUAUUAGCUGUGGAAAUUGAGAGAGCAACAACUGGUUUCCUGGUUUGCAAAUACUCGUUGUGGAGAUCAGUCUUCUUCUAACCCAUCUUUAACACCUAGUAGUAAUCAUUACAGACCCUCCUUGAGUUCCAGGGAUGAGGCCCAAUUCAGAAUCAGCAGAGUGGAUAUUUUUAGCCACUAACCUUGGCCUAGAGAUGUUGUCAGCUGCUUGUGAUCAGGCUUCCUCCCCAAGAAGACCCCACUUUGCACUAUAUGGGAUGCUGUUGGCUAUUGCAGCUGUGCUCAUUUCCAUUGGGGAGCUAAUUUAUAGAGGUCAACAGGAAAACGUUGAGUUCAGGAGCCGGGGAAUGCGCUCGUGGUUUUAUCAUCCACCAAUUCCUCCAUAUACGCCUUUUGGUACUCUUCCUGACAUUUUUGGACUAGUUGCUGGCAUCUCACAGUGCAUUUGCUCUAUAGUUCAGUAUGUUUACUGCCUUCGGCAUGCUGAUAGUCCUUUGAAAGCAUCCCUUUUGCCUGCCAUAUUUCUUAUCUGUUUAGUUGGUUCAAGACUAAGUAAUAAACGAAUGAACGCCAAUACCACUGAUAACAUGGACUUGUCGGAAAAUUCUUCAAGCACGGAAGAAACUUCGUUGCAUCCAAUCCCGGAGUAUUGUGCACCUGCAAAUAUACCAUUUCUCGAUAAUCAGGAGGUAGAGGUUGUGAGCAACAUAGUGCAGCAAUGGCGGUGGAUGCGGGAGCGGGAGCGGGAGCGGGAGCAGGAGCGGGAGUGGGAGCUGGAGUGGGAGCGGGAGCAGGAGCGCGAGAGGGUGCAGGAGCGGGAGCUGCGGCGGAUGUGGGAGCAUCUGGAGCAGCUACCAGAGCCGCUGCUAUGGGAGAAGCUAUCGGGGCUACCAAAGCGGGAGCCGAAGCAGCUGCAGCUAUCGAAGGCCCCCCUAAGGCUCCGGCGGGUUUCGCGGGUAGUGAUCGCGGAUUGACGGAGGUGGGCAUGACUUUGAAGUAGUUACAUUGUGUGUAAUUUUGAUAUUUUUCAAUUACAUUAAUUUUCUCUACUAGAAUCUACUUGACUUUCAC